GCGAGCAGCAGGUGGAAUCGCGCGGAUCGAUCGAACCGCACCAGCAGAAGCCAGCAGCAUCUUUCGUGGUUUAUUACUGCGCUACGUCCCCUUGCCCUUCCAAACGAUGUGCCUUUAGGUGAAUGCGAUAGCAAGUUUCAACUCGAUGGCAAUCAUACGAGAGUAUUUGCGAAAUAAGUGCUGUGAUAACAACAUGUGAUGUCUCCGUGAUCAUCCCAGCAACCAGUGCAUUCGCAGAUCCGAGGGAUAAAUCCUCUUUUCCUGAGUUGUGCAUCCAAUAUUUCGAAGAGAUAGUUCAAAACUAACGUUAGCCCAAGUGAACAGACCACUAGCUGCAGCAAUAUCACGAUACUAACCCGAGAAGUAAAAGAUGAAUUCAAACAUCUUGCUCACCCUGCUACUCCUCACGAUGGUCCGGGCCGCUUCGAAGUACUACGAUGGACCGAUCCGACCGUACGAGUUCGGUUUCAACAUAGAGGGCCACCAGCAUCGGAAAGAAUCGAAAGAUAAAAAUGGCAUCAUUAUGGGUGAGUUCGGAUUCAUUACGGCCGACAACGUGUACCACGUGACCGUGUACGCGACCGACGAGGAUGGUAACUUCAAGAUAGUUAGCAUGAAAAACUACAAGCUAGGACCAUCGACCGCAUCACCAUCGGUGGCUCCUGGACCGACGAGACCAACAACAAAGGCCGCACCACCCUCGGUACCGAGUACCUCGACGACACCACAACCCUUCCGCAUUAUCACCACGGUCAAGACGGUGGAACCGCUAACGACACCGAAGCCUUCCAACGUUGCGUCCUGCGGGGGAUGUAAAAUCCCGACACCACCGCGUACCACCACCACGCACGCACCACUACCGGAAACCAGCACCCAGUACGUGCCACCGUUCAAGAUCGUCAAUAAGAACGAUCUCGAAGCGGACGGUAAGCCAACGGUAACAACAACCACAACUACGAUGAUGCCGAUCACCACGACGACGCCUCAGUCUCCGGGGUCUUCGAAGGAAGUUCCCCAAAAGCUGAUCGAAAAGGCACCACCGACGACGACGACGACGGCGAAGAAAGAGCGUCCUAGUUCCGGUGCAAUGAACACAACCAACAAGAACAGCAACCAGACGUCGAAUCGAGAGAAACCCGUCACCAACCAACAACAGCCGCCGUCAGCGGAACGCGCAGAAACCCCUAAAGGUAUGCAACGACCGGCGGCUGACGGUGAUCCGGUGAUGACGCUGGUUGAGCAGCACACGGCCAACAUGAUCCAGCAUAUCUUGAAUGGGUUGCUUUAUCGGUUUAACUAUACCGCUGGCUAUCACGGGCACCACGAGCAGGGUGAUCGACAGGGUAACAAGGAGGGUGGUUACUUUGCGGUCGGUCGGGAUGGUAUACGGCGGGGUGUAAGUUACAAGGCGAACGAAUUCGGGUUCCAGCCGCACGUAAAGUUCGAAAAGGUUGGACCAGAGGAGACGCCUCGUGAGGAAACGGAGAAGCAGGCCGGCUUGAAAGGAUUCGAUUUUAAGUGGUUCUAUGGAUCGUAAGGCGGAGGUGAUGCCGGAAUAAGAGGUGUGAUUGGUGAUCAUCUGCAUCGACAAGUCCUACUACUGCUACUGCCAGCCAACCUCGUUCGUUCGUUCCAUCGCAGGGCCAAUACUUCAAAUACUCAUGAUAGAUACAUCGAAGAGACGUCGUUAGCUCAUAUUCAGGUCCCGUUUUACUGCACUACGAAGCGACACAAUCAUUGAUCCUAGUUUCUAAUGCGCGUUGCUUCUUUCUAAACUAAACGUAAAACAUUCGAUUGUAACAACGAGGAGUAAGAAUAU